AGCUAGUACGGCAACGCCCAGCCGAAAGACCGAAAAUUGUUUAUAAAAUUGUAUAAAAAUGAGCAGCAGCAUAAAGAAAAAGGUCAAGGGGUCUGACCAAAUACCCAAGCCGAUUAGCAUCAAAAAGGAAAAGACUGAGGAGGAUCGCACGCUGCAUCCCAUUUCCCACUACAUCGAUGACCGCUUGGAGCUGGUGAAACAAAUUUUCGGCACGCUCAAGCCGAAGACUAUCAUCAAUCUGGCACCAGAGUUUCUUAAGAAAAACUCGCUGGAUGAGAUUGAAGAGCUGUGCCUGGAGGAGCUGCUGUGUUUGUCCACCAAGCGGCUCAGGUCUAUAAUUGAUGGCACCCGCUGUCCCACAGACACGGAGAGCUCCGAGGAUUCGGAUGUGGAGCGCAAAGAAGAACACAUUUCGCUGGAGGAGAUUUCAUCCGACAGCGACAUCGGUGGACAGGAAGCACGCAGAAGUGAGAAGAAACUUAAAGCGAAACAAGUAAAUAAUGGAAACGAAAACAAAGCGUCUGGCGGACAAAUUAGCGUUUUGGAACUGCUGGAGCUGCAGGCGAGGGCACGCGCCAUACGCUCGCAGCUGGCAAUGGAACCCAUCACUAAGAUUGAAGUCAAAUCAGAUGACGACGAGGAGGAAGAGAGUCAAGCAAGCAAAGCGACAUCUAAGGAGAAGGAAAAACGCAGCGGAAAGAGCAGAGUGCCGGAAAAACGCAGCAGCAGCAGCAGCGCCGCAACAGAAAAGCGCAGCAGCAGCAGCCGCGUGCCCGAUAAGCGCAAGACUAGCGAACAGACAGCCAGAAAGGAACCACAGAAGACAGCAGCAGAGAGCAGCAGAAAGGAAACAGCGCCGCGGCAGAGAAUCAAAAUCAAACGAAACUAUCGACAGCCCACAAAGUCGCCGGAGAAAAUUGUUGCGCCUGCCGUGACCACUGCUCCAAUCGCCACAGAAGAUGCUGCCAAGGACAGAUCACGUUCGGCAUCGCCAGAUGUAAUACCCAUACCCACGGAGACCGAGACGCUGCUGAUCAGCGACAGCACCGACGACGAGGCGCCACAGCAGAGCACGAAGGAAGUCGCAAAAGCCAGUGUGAAGGAACCAACGCCAGAGCCCGUUGUGGAAAGUGAACCAGAAGAGGGUGAAGUGCGGGAUGAGCCUGUGGCGACUGUGGCGCCUGUGGAGGCUGCUAAACCCAUCGAACCAGAGCAGCCAGCAGAGAAAGAGCAACCCCCAGAGGUUGAUGCACAGCCCCCACUCCCCAAGGAAGAGUCGCCUCCACCUACUGCCGCAGAUCCGCCCAUGCUGGAAGAUGAAGAUCAAAACGAUGAUGUUAUAUCCAUAGGAGGCGAUCUUGACAUGAUUGAGGAAAUGACAAAGGAGGACGAACCGCCUGCGGCGACAGUCAAGACGGAGAAGCCGCCAAGUACCGAGGAAAUGGACAACGAUGUCAUUCUGCUGGACACCAGCGAAGAUGAGCGCGAAAAGCUAAAGGAAACUGAUCCCGAGUCGUGGCGCACACGCUACCUGAAGAGCUCCAAGGUCAGCCAGGUGCUUGCCGCAUCGCGGCUGGGCAAACGCGUGCGCGACAAAAUCAAGAAGACGAAGCGUGCCCAAAAGUCUGCCAACGGCGGCCGUGACGCCGCCGACGACGCGCAGGCCAAGACGGCCCAGCCGGCGUUCGCCUCCAAGCACGAGGAUGGCUCCGUGGAGCAAUACCAGGAGCUACUGCAGCACCGACAGCGGCAGAGUUCAACCAGCAGCAAGGGCGACAAAUGAGUGCGGGUCGCGUGGCAGGCAAAACAAGUGAAAUAAAGCGCCCAUCUGUCCGCUGGAACAACCGUAAA